UGCUACGAUGUUGAUUCAGAAUAAAUUGGAAGAAAUGAAAAAUAUUUAUAUACAAAAUACUGAAUUAUCAAUAUUUAUUCAAAUAUAAAUUUUUCACUAUUACUAUUUAUCCAAUAUAUUAUGGCAAAUAACAAUACAAAGUAUUUUAUCUUAACCGGCGAACCUGGCGUAGGGAAAACUACACUAGUUAAGAAAUUAUUAUCAAUUAUAAACAACAAAGGAAUUAGUACCUCAGGUUUUUAUACAGAAGAAGUGCGUAGGAAAACAACUAGGGUAGGUUUCGAUGUUGUAACAUUAGAAGGUACGAGGUGCAGAUUGGCCCGCGAAGAUUGUCUCCUGGACUGUGUCGUGGAGAAUAGAGUGGGAAAAUAUGGAGUUUUGGUCCAGGAAUUUGAAGCAGUUGCUUUACCUUGUUUGCAGGUUAAUACUCACCAGCUAUUAAUAAUCGAUGAAAUUGGUAAAAUGGAAUUUUUUAGUAAUUCUUUUAAAAAUCGAAUUAGAGAAAUUUUUAGUGACUCCUCAAAUGAUGUGGUACUGGCAACUAUACCUUUAAGAAAAAUUGAUACACUGAUAGAAAAAAUAAGGAACAAUAAAAAUGCUAAAGUUUGGACGGUAACUAGAGACAACAGGAAUAACAUUGAUGAAGAAAUAAUAAAGGAAAUGAAAUUGAUUUUCAGAUUUGAUUGAUUCUUAAAGUUGAUUGAUUUAGAGAAAUUAAAAGGUUGAAUAGUAAGUACCUCAUACUGAGAUGUCUGAAAAUGUACUGUAAAAUGUAAAUGAGGUACUUACUACUUGGCAUUACUUAGUUACAGUACUACUUACUGAGUAAAUGUCAAGAGAUGUCUUUCUGAAUAACAAUUAUUAACAAUUACAAAAGGAAGAAAAUUACAAUUAUUAUAACAAACAAUUACAAUGGAAGUGUAAAUUUAUGUAAUUAAAUAUAAUUUAUAAUAAAGUACAUGAUUAAUGGUACUAUUAUAUAUUUCUCUUUUAGUAUUUAUUUUAUUAUAUAUAUUCAGUAAUGGCAUUUUCUAUUCAUUCAUCGAUGGAGCACAACUAAUAUAAAAAAUAGAACAAGUGAUUAGAUAGCAGAACCUACCUUGAUUGUUAAUAUUAAUUACAAAAUACAGAUAUCAAUGCAAUAAUGAUUAAACUUCAACUAAACAUAAACUAACUUAUGUACUUUAUUAUGAUUAAGAAAUAUAGUUUCUGAUGAAAAAAAUACUGUUUAUAUUUUUAUAUCAAAUGUCAUGCUUAUAGUACAAGUUCUAUAUAAUUAUUCCCAACAUUAGUCUCAGCCUACCAUUCAAAAUUACAAUCAUUAUAAUUAUUGUAUCAGAAAUUACAAAUUACAUUUGACCUUUAGGUAUAAACAAAUUAUAGUGCAGUACAAAUUAAAUAUAAGCAGCAAAUGUUGUAACGUUUAACAUUGGAAAGCAAUAAAUAUCUCAAUUGUAGUGAAUAAAAAUUCCAAGGUCUGCUUUGCAUUGAAGGGACUUGAAAAGUUUGAUACUAUGUCCUGAUUAUAAACAAUGUUUUCAUGGAAUAGUAACCUGUCUUUUGGCAAAUUGUAUGCCUGUCCCUGACUGCCAGCUAUGUAGGUACAUAAUUGUAAAUUACAAGUUUUUAUUAUAGAAACUUAUGAAACAAAAAUGUACUAUUGGAGGAUUUAAAUUAAUCAUGCUUAUGUUAUCAAAAAUAAAAAGUUUGGAAUUUAUAACAAAAAUGUCACACUCUAAUAACAUCAAUCAAUCUGGCUUCACAUUAUCAGCUUCAGUCCAGACCGGCAGAUGUAAGUCGCAAUUGGCGCAUGUCUAAAGAGCGCUAGUUGAAUGCCGUUCUAAGCACAAACCGUCCGACUCUGAGUAAAUUGUCUCGAAAAUCAGUGGAGGUUCUUAAAAUGUGCUCUUAUUUGUUAUUAUUAUGAAUGUGUGGCUUUGUAGGAAUUUAUUUACUAUAUAUUUCUGACAUAAUUAUGCAAUUAUUAAUAAAU